AUGUCGGACGACGACCCAAUGAAAAUGAUUAUCGAAAACGAAUCAACAAGAACAAGAAUAAGAGGCACGCAGCGGGAAAGGUGGAUCGACCAAAUAGAAGGCGACCUGCAGACUACGACGCUGGCGAAGUGUGUUCAUGGAUCGAGUAGAGUGGAGACGACUUCUUCGGACAGCAGAGCACAACAAAGCCUUAGCCUGAUUGGUAAGCGUGAACUCCGCUUGUCCGCCAGCCCGGAAUCUUCAUUGGACCCGCUGUAUCGACGCCAGUCACGUGUCAAGGAGGUUAGCUGUUCUAGAACAUUCAUACAAGGCAUUCGAAUUGCCUUUACAAGAUCCGUUCUCUUCUUCAUUUUCGCCAUCGUUACGUCUACGAUGUCUACGGAACGACGCAUUAAAGGCCUCAAGACGCGCCUGAAGAGCCUGCUGACGUCAUUCAACCUGAUCAAAAUGUUCGUGGACGAAUACAACGAAGAAACGGAUGCCUGUCAAGUCCCGGUGCGUUUGGAGCACCUGGUGAAGCUCUGGAAGGAGGUUAACGCGGUGCAAGUGGAUCUGGAAACGGUGGAUGAGGCCGCUGUAGACCAGUACCUGAAAGUCCGUACUGAUUUUGAGUCAACCUACUACCGUGUGAAGGGGUUCUUACUUUCGGUCAAUAAAUCACCUGCUUUGGUACAGUCACCUAGCCCUCGUUCAAAUGCGCAACCACCUCUACAAUCGUCUUGCGUUCGACUACCCGACGUGAAGCUACCUGUUUUCUCUGGUCAACUCGAUAGCUGGUUGAACUUCCACGACCUAUUUGUCUCACUCGUCCACUCGUCGCACGAACUAUCCAAUAUACAAAAAUUCUAUUACUUGCGGUCUUCCUUAUCCGGAGAUGCCCUCAAGCUUAUACAAACCAUCACGAUCAGCGCUGACAAUUACCAGGUCGCCUGGAAGUUGUUGACAGAACAUUAUCAGAACUCUCCAAGACUGAAACAGUCGUACGUAGAUUCGCUCUUUGAAUUUCCCUCGCUGAAAAGGGAAUCAGCGACAGAGUUACACUCACUCGUUGAGAAGUUCGAAGCAAAUGUGAGAGUACUGAAACAGUUGGGAGAAAGGACCGAAUUCUGGGACAUACUUCUGAUACGAAUGCUCAGCAUAAGGCUCGACAACACCACUCGACGUGAUUGGGAAGAAUUCUCAUCGACGAAGAAUCAGAUCACCUUCACCGACCUAACGGCUUUCAUUCAACGAAGAGUCACGGUUCUACAGUCGAUCAACAAGACAACUGAACCUCCUCCAUCAACUUACACAAAGAAGCCUGUUCAGCGUCCCGUCACCAGCCAUGGAGCCAGCCAGCAGAACUAUCGCAAGUGUCUCGUCUGUUCCGAUCAUCAUCCUUUGUAUCAAUGCGCAGUUUUCUCGAAAAUGUCGAUAGAAGAUAAGGAAAGAGAUGUCCGUCGCCACCAACUAUGCCGCAAUUGUUUACGAAAGGGCCACCAAGCGCGUGACUGCCCCUCCUCCAGUACUUGCCGCAAGUGUAGAAAUCACCACCAUACUCAACUCUGCCCCACCGAAGCUCCAGUCGCUGUGAACUCCAGGACUGCCGACGCCGCUCAACCGAAAGUUUCUUCUAUCCCUGUAUGCGAAGAACAACCGAGAAGCUCUGCCUCAGCCGUUACUGAACCCGUAAGCUGUUCGUCUUCUACAUUGAAGGAGAAAAGCGUCCUGCUCGCAACUGCCGUGGUCGUCCUUGUCGACGACAAUGGAACCAACCACGUCGCCAGAGCACUCCUCGAUUCGGGAAGUGAGUGCUGCUUUAUGACUGAAUCUCUCGCCCAGCAGAUGAAGGCCAAACGCACCAAGAUCCACGUUCCGAUUGCUGGUAUCGGACAAUCCUCAACGUAUGCUCGUCACAAACUCCAAUCUACUAUUCGUUCACGCACCUGUGAUUAUUCUACCGCUGUGGAAUUCUUGAUCCUCCCGAAGGUUACAGUAAACCUGCCGUCAGCAUCUGUAGACACCUCUUCCUGGGAAAUCCCCCCGGGAAUUCAGCUUGCAGACCCGUCGUUCUACGAUAAAAGACCCGUCCAACUCGUAUUGGGGGCAGAAAUCUUCUUUGACCUCUUCAAAGUGUCCGGUCGGAUUGAGCUUGGUGAGUCUCUACCGAAUCUGGUCAAUUCUGUCCUAGGCUGGGUUGUAUCUGGAAAGACAACCGAUACCCGUUCGACAAAUCCCGUCAUCGCUAACGUCGCAACAGUCACCGAUCUUCAUCGCUUAAUGGAAAGAUUUUGGACCAUCGAAGAAGAUAACGCCAGUACCUGCUACUCUGUGGAAGAAUCUGCAUGCGAAGAGCACUUUCGUCGGACAGUCUCUAGAACUCCCGAAGGUCGCUAUGUCGUAUCUCUACCAAUAAAGGAAGAUGUUCUCUCCAAUCUCGGUGACAAUCGUCGCACAGCUAUUCGUCGCUUUCGUCUACUACAAGGUCAGCUCGCUAAGAACGACGAACUAGGCAACCAGUACCGAGCGUUCAUGGACGAGUACUUUCAGCUAGGCCAUAUGGAGCUAGUACCAGACUACCAAUCGCAACAUCCUUCCUACCAUUUGCCUCAUCAUGCCGUAAUACGAGCAGACAGUACGACCACUAAGGUACGCGUGGUUUUCGACGCGUCUUGUCGCACAUCGAAUGGGCCAUCCUUAAACGACGCACUCAUGGUCGGACCCAUAGUGCAAGAAGAACUAAGGUCGAUAACAAUGCGAUCCAGAAUCCGCCCUAUUCUGCUCAACGCUGACGUGAAACAGAUGUAUCGACAGAUCUUAACAGACCAACGUAGCAACAACCUACAGCACAUCGUAUGGAGUCCAUCGCCUGAUUCCCCUCUGCAGACAUAUAAAUUAAAAACCGUUACUUACGGUACCGCCAGCGCACCAUUUCUUGCCACACGCGUGCUCCAGCAACUGGCGAACGACGAGCAGCACGAUUUUCCAGAAGCUUCCGGUAUUCUUCGAAAAGAUUUCUACGUGGACGAUUUAUUUUCCGGAGCGGACACAGUAGAAGAAGCUAUCACACUACGAAAGCAGUUGGAAUCUCUUCUCGGCAGGGGAGGGUUCGAACUGCGGAAAUGGGCCUCAAACGAAGAAGCCGUUCUAGAAGAUGUUCCUCAAGACAACCGUGCCCUAAAGACGUCCGUGGAUCUAGACCGUGAUCAGUGCAUUAAAAGUCUAGGAUUGCACUGGGAACCAACGACCGACCAUCUCCGAUACAAGAUUGAUACACCAACGACCGAUAACACCCCACUCACCAAACGCAUUGCUCUUUCCCAAAUAGCUCGCCUUUUUGACCCACUUGGCCUGGUGGGACCCGUCAUCACAACAGCGAAGCUGUUUAUGCAAGCUUUGUGGACUCUAAAGACCAACGAUGGACUGAUUUGGGGUUGGGAUCAAGAACUCCCAACGCCCAUCAAGGAACGAUGGCUCGACUACAUGGCUCAACUACCGCUACUGAACGCACUCCGCAUCGAACGUUUCAUUCUCUGCCCAAAACCUUCUUCUAUUCAGCUGCACUUUUUCUCUGAUGCAUCGGAGAAUGCAUAUGGAGCUUGUUGCUACAUCCGAUCCUCCAACUUCACCGGCGAAACCAAAACUGCACUGUUAACCGCAAAAUCGAAAGUUGCUCCGUUAAAGCAACAGAGUAUUCCUCGUCUCGAGCUCUGCGGAGCUCUCCUUGCUGCUCAGCUUUACGAGAAAGUGUCUGCAUCGUUGAAACUCGCAACCGAUACGUACUUCUGGGUGGAUUCAACUAUAGUUAUCUGUUGGCUCAAUUCUACACCAUCGACAUGGACUACCUUCGUUGCAAACCGCGUCCCGAAGAUUCAACUUGCGACACAAAAUUGUAGUUGGAAUCACGUAGCGGGGCAGCAGAAUCCAGCCGACCACAUCUCUCGAGGAUUACCAGCAGAAGAUCUCCUACACGACGCACUUUGGUGGAAGGGACCUCAAUGGUUGGCACUCGACAAAGAAUGUUGGCCAAUCCAGCAACCAAUCAAUACAGCAGACCAUAAAAGCAUCCCAGACACACGAAAGUUAUGCGCAACAGCUGUUCCAGUCACCGACAAUCCAUCAUUUAUCGAUCUGUUUGUCACCAAAUUCUCCAACUACAACAAAUUGCUACGAGUGACUGCUUACUGCCGUCGAUUUCUGCAGCACUGUCAACGAAAAUCGAGACCAACUACUACCACCAUCACCGUCGAAGAAAAACAGCAAGCAGAAGUACAACUGAUUCGCCUUGUGCAACAACAAACUUUCGCCGCCGAAUGGAAAAAUCUUCAGCAGUCCCAACCUGUAUCAGCAAAAUCUCGCAUCCGUUGGUUUUACCCCUUUCUAUCGACCGAUCAGCUGAUCCGCAUCGGAGGCAGAUUGAAACACGCACAACAACCUUAUGACACCAAGCACCAGAUUUUACUACCGUCCUCUCAUCCCCUAUCGACUUUGCUCAUUCGCCAUCUCCACGAAAUCAACUUACACGCCGCACCGCAACUGCUGCUCAAUGUUCUCCGACUGCGGUAUUGGGUCACGGGGGCCAGGAGCCUUGCCAGAAUGAUCGUCCAACACUGCGUGAUUUGCGUCAAAGCUCGCCCUAAGCUAGUUCAACAAUUUAUGGCCGAACUUCCCGUCGAACGAAUCACCGCUACCCGGCCAUUCACCAUAACAGGAAUCGAUUAUUGGGGCCCAAUUUCGCUAAAACCACUCCAUCGUCGAGCAGCACCAGGCAAGGCAUACGUCGCGGUCUUUGUAUGUUUCUCUACGAAGGCUGUCCAUCUAGAGCUUGUGGGAGACCUAAGCACCACCAAAUUCAUCCAGGCCCUUCGACGCUUCGUCGCACGUCAUGGGCUGUGUGCCGAAAUCUUCAGCGACAACGGGAGAAAUUUUGUAGGUGCCAACAACGAACUACAGCAUCUUGUCCGAAGCAAUGAGCAUCACCGAUCAAUCACCGAAGAAUGCGCCAACAACGGGAUACGAUGGCGUUUUAAUCCUCCUAAAGCCUCACACUUUGGAGGUUUGUGGGAGGCAGCUAUUCAGUCCGCUCAAAAACACUUCGUUCGAGCUGCGGGAACAAUGAAAUUGGAUAUGGAAGACAUGCAAACUCUGCUAGCACAGAUCGAGUGUUGCCUUAACUCGAGACCGUUAGUACCUCUCAGCGAUGAUCCCACCGACUUCGAGCCCCUCAGUCCAGGACAUCUCCUCACUGGAUCGUCUCUGAAGGCCGUUCCAGAUACUGAUGUCACCACCAUUCCAUUCAAUCGCCUGAGACACUUCCAACAGCUUCAGAAACUAUUGCAACAAUUUUGGCAGCGAUGGCAUAUCGAGUAUCUCUGCACUCUUCAAAGUCGCUCCAAAUGGAUAAAUCCUCCAGUACACAUCCAAACGGGCCAGCUUGUGCUUCUGAAGGAGGACAACGUAGCACCUAUCCAGUGGCCUACUGCUCGGAUCGUCGAUUUGCAUCCAGGGAAGGACGGCAUUACUCGCGUCGUCACAUUGAAAACACCAACAGGACACGAACAACAUCAAAUGAAGCAGAAAUCCAUCCACAAACGUUUCCAACGAAGAGCACCUGAAAUAAACAAUUACAAGACAAGGGACAACAAUCAAUGCAAAACACCACCGCCAACGCAAGCAUCAAUUGACGUUUCUCAUCACAACAUCGAGUUGAUCGACAAUCGACGUGGGGACAGCAUCAUCAUCUUGUACAUCGAUUAA